CAACGAAGGCUUUGCUCGUCUCCUCAUCAUAACAACCACUCUACUCAGCAUGGCGUCCUCAGAUGAACCCUCAGAUCGUGGCGCCUCACCCGUCGCCUCUUCCUCACGCUCACCACAGCCGGCGACAGAGACAGCCAAUGCCGUAGCAUCCUCCUCCUCCUCCUCCCCGCCGGCCUCGACUCCAACCACCUUUGCAGCUCUGGGCGUCCAUUCCCAAAUCUGCGACGCCAUCGACGCUCUCAAAUACAAGGAGCCCACUCCCAUCCAGGCCCAAGCAAUUCCCGUCGCCCUCUCAGGCCGCGACGUCAUCGGCCUCGCCCAGACUGGGUCAGGCAAAACGGCCGCCUUUGCCAUUCCGAUCCUCCAAGCCCUUUGGGAUGAACCUCGCUCAGGCUUUGCCUGCGUACUUGCUCCCACACGCGAGCUGGCCUACCAAAUCUCCCAGCAAUUUGAGGCGCUAGGAGCCACGAUUGGCGUGAGGUGCGCCUGUAUCGUCGGAGGGAUGGACAUGAUGACGCAGAGUAUUGCCCUCUCCAAGCGUCCACACAUCAUUGUCGCCACUCCGGGGCGACUGCAGGAUCACCUCGAGAACACAAAGGGAUUCAAUCUCAAGAGUCUACGCUAUCUAGUCAUGGACGAAGCCGACAGACUAUUGGACAUGGACUUCGGCCCUAUCAUCGACAAGCUAUUGCAAUCGAUCCCAAAGGAGCGAAACACUAUGCUCUUCUCCGCUACAAUGACAACCAAGGUCGCUAAGCUCCAGCGCGCCUCGUUGAAGAACCCGGCUAGAGUUGAAGUGGGCACCAAGUACUCGACCGUGUCCACUUUGACGCAGUACUACCUCUUCCUGCCAUUCGCACAAAAGGACCUCUACCUCGUCUACCUUGUAAAUGAUACGGCAACGACGGCCAAAUCGACGGUCAUCUUCGUCCGUACUGUACACGACUGCGCGCGUGUAGCGUCACUGCUGCGUAUUCUUGGCUUCCCUGCUGUCCCACUACAUGGCCAGCUCAGUCAGUCAUCGCGUCUGGCCGCCCUAGCCAAGUUCAAAGCGGGAGGGCGCUCCAUCCUAGUAGCGACAGACGUAGCCUCCCGCGGGUUGGACAUCCCAGCGGUAGACGUUGUAGUCAACUUCGACAUCCCUACCCACUCCAAAGACUAUAUCCACAGAGUAGGACGAACAGCCCGUGCUGGUCGUUCUGGUCGGUCAGUCACCUUGGUCACGCAGUACGACGUCGAGCUGCUACAGCGCAUCGAGACGGCCAUCGAGACAAAGUUGACAGACUACGGUGCUCCGAGAGAGCGGGUAGCCCUCCUACAGGGGAGGGUGGAGGAGGCUGCUAGGGAGGCGAGCAGGGAAAUCAGGGAAAAGGGAUUGGGUGGGGCUGGAAGUGGGAAAAGGGCGAGGAGACGAGAGAAUGGAAGGGGCGAUGAUCAAGAUAUGGGCAGUGGAGACGAAGAAGCAGGUGGUGCGGGAGGAGGAGGGGGUCUGCCUAUCUCUGGAAUGGGUGGGAAGAAGAGGAGAAAGGCGCAUGGUAGUGGUGGAGGUGGUGGCGGAGGAGGAGGAAAGAAGCGAAGAUGAUCACGCCCGCUCUCGCCUUGUCAUAUUGCAAG